AUGGCGACUUCUUGGAACGUGGAGCUCGCAAGAGCAGCGGAGGCUCGCAUCAACUAUUAUGUGUCAAUAGGGUCUUCUAAAGAGUUCAUGUGGCGCAAGGCCCAUACUGCUAUCUUGGCAGUUGAGAAAGAAAUAAGGCGUAUGCCCUCUGGUCUGAUCGUGAACAUGCCGCGCCUUGGCGAGGUGACGACACGGCAAGAACUUGAAGCAAUCAUAAGAGGAGAGAACGAUGUGAUUCCAGAAGAGAUGAUUGGCGUUGGAGCUGCCGUGCGGGAUUUUGAUCGCCAUCCUUAUCUACAGCGGAUGCAGUACAGAGGGGGCGGGUACGCGAUUCUGAUGGCGCUGAAACACAAGGGUGGCUUCAUGCUCAAAGCCGAGUUGAUCCGAGAAGCUCAGCACUUUUGUGAUGUCAGCAUGGCCAACACAGGUAACUGGGGGCAGUCGUCCUCUUGCGGCUGGGCCUCCCACAGGUCGCUGCUUCAACACCGGCUCAUGGUGGCGUCUCGCAUGCCUGGCAGGGGCAGUGGCCGCGAGGAGUAUAGCCUUACAGAGGACGGAAGGCGGUUUCUGGAGGCUAUGCAGCGCAAGUGGCCCAACCACGGCGACCCACCACAGGAGAGCUCUUCCCAACCCAGCACGGCUAUCGCAAAGACGCCCUCCCCGCUGGUCGCCAUUUUCAAGCGGCAGCUCGCUGCGGCGGCGUCCGCAGAAAAGUCACCGGCCAGGAAAGUGUCUAUAGAGGUCUCCAGCGACGAAGAGGGCAUGAGUAACGAGGGCGCCGAGGGCCCGCAGGCGUCGCUGUCGCUGGAGCAGGGCGCUGCUUCUGUUGCUCCUGCGGCAGCGAUGGCAGACAUCGACCUACACACUGAGGGCGAGGGGGCA